AUGCCGUGGUUCCUUGACACGAAGAUCGUCACUCUCGAUUUCGCGAUUGGAAUGUUGAAAAAUUUGUACAGCAACAAAUUCUUCACUUUCGAAAGGCCGUACAUCAUCAAACACUUCCUUGACAAGAACCUCUCGAAUCACAUCCAUGGCAUCGUCCGCAGGGAUCAUGUACGCCACCUUAACAUUGAGAUACCUUACCUCGAUUACGGCACGAAGCCCUCAAGCUCAGCGCAGCUAGACAUUCUCAUGGGAGAGCUCGACUGCCUUCGCGAAUUCAAGCCUGUAAAAGUCUAUAUCACAUUCAAACUCGCUUCAAAACGGUUAUAUGACGAGGAUAUUGGGCGAUAUACGAAUUUCGAAAAGCAUUCCCCGAUUCUUAUGACAGGGCGUCUAUUGCCGGUUAUGACAGAGCUGAGGGCCAAGGACCAUGUGAUUACAAUCAAGGAAUAUGAUACAAUAUGGGUCUGGACGCCAACGACAGGCGAGAUCAGCUGGAAGACGGCGCAGGACGACCUUGAGAAGCACAUGAAGAUGUGUUUUCCGGAUUGGGUCGGUGCUGUCAUGGAGGAGGAUUAA